UGGGGCUAGACCGGCUUUCCAUUAAUUUCGGUGGGGAAAGAUGAUCUGAGAUAAUAGUGACUUGAGUUACGAGCGUGUUCACGGAACGAGCCAAACUCAUAUGCCAAUGUCACCUAUUCACCCAUCACUGUGGUCAAGUUUGACGUCGCCGUGGAUUCAUGGUCAUGGUUUAUCUGAGCUCUUCCGCCCUCCAGUGGCCAUAAAGAACAGUACACUUUUCAACUUGACGCUUCCCAAAGAGCUUCCGAUUGUAGUAAUGGCGGUAAUAUUACUGUAUAUUAUAUUUAACAUUAUAUGAAAUGCAGUAUCACUUGCUGCAGUGUAGAACAUACAUAUAAACAAUCUGGAAUUCUUUUACAGUUCAACCAAGCAAAGGUGGUGAGAAGUAACAUUCCUAUAGUCGUUAACGUGUUGUAGUGUUUUCUUUUGAAAUGUCACGAGCAUUUGCGACAUUGUUGACGGGGUUUAACUUAACUGCGCAGCCAUCUUGACAGCAGGCGAACCGGACUGGUCUGACACCGACAGCUCUAAAUGGCUUUUCUGAUGACAUUUUGUGCUUUAGUCGUCAACGUGUUUUGUCUGCCUUUGUACCUACUGGAUGCCGUAGGCUUGUACAAACUCUACAAACAUGUCUUUCCGUGUUGCCUUUAUCGUUUGUCCAAGCUGUACAACAAGAAGAUGCACGAGAAGAAGAGGGAGCUGUUCGCGUGUCUAUCAGAGUUCAAGCAAUCCGGAAAUCAGCUAACUAUCUUGGAGGUCGGCUGCGGCGCCGGUUCCAAUUUCCACUUUUACCCAGCCGGUUGCAAGGUGAUCUGCAUGGACAACAAUGCACACUUUGAGAAGUACCUGCACAGGAACAUGCUCGAGAACCGGCACGUCACUUAUGAGAAGUUCGUGGAGGCCUCGGCGGAGGACAUGCGCUCAUUCGAGGACGCGUGUGUGGACGUGGUGGUGUGCACGCUGGUGCUCUGCUCUGUUGACAAUGUCCCGCAAACUCUGAGGGAGGUGCGUCGCGUUUUGAGGCCUGGUGGAGCCUUCUUUUUUCUCGAGCAUGUUGCCGCACAGCCGUCGACGUGGACAUAUUUCUUCCAGCACGUCCUGAAGCCUGUGUGCUACUACUUGGGUGAUGAAUGUGAGGUCACCCGGGAAACAUGGACACAUCUGGAGGCUGCCGGCUUCUCUAACCUCAAACUACGACAUCUGAACGCACCAAUUAUCUUCAACAAACCACACAUCAUGGGCUAUGGUGUAAAAUAGAUUUGUGGCCCCCCUCACCUGACACUAGAGGCCAUCUAUCGUCCAUUGCCAGGCACUCUGAUGUUUGUUUUAUUUUUUUAAUCAAGGGAUUCAGAGCACUUUUUUUUUGAUACACUACAAAUCCUUGUCAUCAAAUCUGUCUGGAACUCGGCUCUUUACAGUAUAAGGCAAUGAAGCAUAUUUGCGAACACGUCCUGAUGGAGGUCACACAUGUAGAAUGUGAUUUGUUUUUCCUCCUCAGCCAAUAAGUGAAGAGAGUUAAUAAUAAAAAUGUAAAUAAUGAA